AUGCAGCAUAAUCACGGUGGGAGUUCAAUGACAGCCUUUCGUGUUGCUAUCAACACAUCAUCAGGAGCUUGCAAUGUUGCAGAAAAAUGGAGGAGUUAUGAGAGUACUGAUGACGAUAUUGUCAUGUACAGUACUGGUGACAUUAUCAUUUACAGUACUGGUGACAGCACUGUCAUGUACAGUACUGGUGACAGCAUUGUCAUGUGCAGUACUGGUGACAGCAUUGUCAUGUGCAGUACUGGUGACAGCAUUGUCAUGUGCAGUACUGGUGACAGCAUUGUCAAGUGGAGUACUGGUGACAGCAUUGUCAAGCGAAAUAAUGAACAGUUAACCAAGCUUUACGUGCUGUUCACCCUACUGACGGUAGCUGCAUGCACUGCUGCUGAAGGGUACGGUGUUCCAGUACCACCUCUCGAGAAAAUUUGCUCUGGUGGCAAGGUGUGGAGAAUCGACGGUGCGUGUGUGUAUCCGAAAAUCUACCGAACCGUCCACGUUUUCGCUGCUCCGCCAUUGAUCGAAACAGUUGGUCCACCACCAAAAAUUCCCACACCAAAGAUUUUCCACAAUGUCCUCUUCAUCCGUACGCCUGAGCCUGUCAAGAAACCCGAACCUAUCAUCGUGCCCCCACCCAGGUACGAGAAUAUUGUGUACGUCCUCAAUAAGCAGAACAAACAAGUGGGACAGAAGAUCAUCGAGGUCCCUGCACCGCCACUCAAGAACCCUCAAGUAUAUUUCAUCAACUACGAUGGCGAGAAGGUUCCCAACUUGCCCGGUGAUGUUGACCUCCAGGAUGCUCUUGCAUCUGCCGUUGCUCAGGACGAACUUGGCGUGGGUGCUGGCAUCAUUGAUGAUGUUGGUCUUGGUGUAGGAGACGUGGGUCUUGGAGUUGGAGGUCUCGGUGUUGGAGGCAUCGGAGAUAUCGGUGUUGGAGGUCUCGGUGUUGGAGGCAUCGGAGAUAUCGGUGUUGGAGGUCUCGGUGUUGGAGGUCUCGGUGUUGGAGGUCUCGGUGUUGGAGGUCUCGGUGUUGGAGGUCUCGGUGUUGGAGGUCUCGGUGCUGGAGGUCUCGGUGCUGGAGGCAUUGGAGAUAUCGGUGUUGGAGGUGCAGGUAUUGGAGGUCUCGGUGUGGGUGGUGGCCUUAUCAAUAACAUUGGAGGCUACGGCGGAGGCCUUAUCGAUAACGUAGGCGGUUUUGGUGGGGAAAUCAUCAGUGAUUUGGGUAGCAUAGGUGGUGAAGUUAUCAGUCAGGGUGGACUGAGUCUUCCCUUCAGCAGUUACGCAGCUUCGCCAUACAAAAGAGAAACCAAAUCAUAA